UGAGAUAAGGGGAUAAAAAGCUUCUGAGUGAGGAAAGCUAGAGUCGGGAAGGAGCCAAGUCUGCAGCUUAACCUCUGCUGACACUGACAACCCUGUAUUGGCAUCACCUCUUCUAAUACGGAUACAACUCAAUUUAUUUUUUACCAAUUUUGAAUUAUUAUUUUUUUGCUAUAAAUUGUAAUAUGCCAGCUGAUAGUAUGGAGAAACCUACUGCAUCCCCAAUUGCAGGGUCACCUGCCAACUCUGCACACACACCGGAUAAACCAAAAAGUGCCAGUGAGCAUAGAAAGUCCUCCAAACCAAUCAUGGAGAAGCGCAGAAGAGCUCGGAUCAAUGAGAGCCUGGGACAGUUAAAGACACUUAUCCUGGAUGCACUGAAAAAAGAUAGCUCCAGACACUCCAAGCUGGAAAAGGCUGAUAUCCUAGAGAUGACAGUCAAACACCUGAGGAACCUACAACGUGUACAAAUGACAGCUGCCCUAACAGCUGAUCCCAGCGUCCUUGGCAAAUACAGAGCAGGAUUCAAUGAAUGCAUGAAUGAAGUGACCAGAUUCCUCUCAACCUGUGAAGGAGUCAACACUGAGGUCAGGACCCGGUUGCUGGGUCAUCUCUCGGGCUGCCUGGGACAAAUCGUUGCUAUGAAUUAUCAGCAGCCCCCAUCCAACCAGCCACUACACGUCCAGCUGCCCUCUGCUCCCGGGGCUACAGCUCAAGUCCCCAUGACCUGCAAGAUGAGCCCACCAGAGUCCGCUUCUCCCAAGGUCUUCCAGGGUGGUUUCCAGUUGGUCCCUGCCACUGAUGGACAGUUUGCCUUCCUUAUACCUAACCCAGCAUAUGCCUCAAGCCCUGGUCCAGUUAUUCCUCUAUAUGCCAAUACCAACGUGACCUCAAGUGGGGGCUCCCAAGCCCACUCCCCAGUGCAGGGACUCACCACAUUCGCCCACAAGUUGCCUCAUAUGCCCCAGUCAGUAAGCCCACUGGGGGGCAGUACUGGGCCAGACACCACUGAGUCAGUGUGGAGGCCCUGGUGAACGAACUUUCUCCACCCAAAGACUUUUGUUUAUUGGUUCCGUUAUAUGGGACCUUGCCUUAGAGGACAAUCUUCGCACUAUAUAUUUAUUUCCAAGUAUGGGGAAUCCACUUUUUAUUAUUAAAAUAUACUUGUGUAAGAGAACCGUUUUUGUAAUAAAAAAAAGCCUCUUAUGCUGAGAUGUUUUUUAGUUUUGUACAAGUCGUACAAAAGACGUGUAAUGCCAAAGUACAUUGUGUUGGUUUUUGUGUCAAAAACUUUAAGAAAUGCAGGAGUUUUAUGAAAUAAACUCUUUAAAACUUUAUUAAAAA